UGACAGAUUUUUGUUAAUGUCAGAUUAUGUAUGAAUGUGGUGUUAUACGAAUAGAAGAAAACUUGCAAAAUUAAAUUGAUACAUGUAAUCGUUUCUCCAGUUUACCCUAGUAGGGCUAGAAUUUCUAUAAAAAUAUUUGCUGUGUUAUUAUAAUCACUAGAAUCAUAAGCUACAAUGGUUAUUGGAGCGUUUCCCAUUGCCAAAUUGUCGGUGUUGCUAAUCAAGCAGAUCAGUAAACCCAUCGCUAAUGCAUGUAAAGAACGAGCCAAAAAUAGUCCCUUUUUCAGGACCUAUGUUUGUAUGCCUCCUGCCCAAUUCUACAAUUGGUGCGAGGUGAAAGCUAAGAUGUGGGUCCUAAAUUUGGGUAAACCUGUGAACAUACCUGUGCUGAGCCAGGAAAUGGCCAUUGAGCUGGGUGCCAAUCUGCUGGGUGAAUCAGUCAUCUUUAUUAUUGGUGCUGCCCUGAUUACUGUGGAAUAUAGCAGGCAAAGCAAUAAAGAGGCAGCUAAAGAACAAGCCCGUAUAGAUGAGCUGAAACAUAUAACCAAUACUAUUACAGACUUGUACUUCGCAGUCCAGCAACAAGAAACACAGAUCAGGGAAAUGGAGCGCCUCAUUCAUUCAAUCAGUGGUAAAAAGAUAGAAGCACCUCCUCCAGAUGUCAGGGACAUAACCAAAUCACUGAAGGAACUUGAAGAAUUGACGACUAAGAGUUCCCCUCCACAACCACCAGCUGGUCAAACAUCACCAAAAGGCCAACAACCCCCCACCACCCAACAGCCUCCAGCACAGCCAAGGCCACAAGAUGGCUCUAAAAUGAUGAGACCUGAGGCCCAACUUAUUUCCACACCAUACCCUGACAAAGGACUUAUACUGCAAUCAUUGAAUUAUAUCCAAAUGGAUGUUUUUAGUUCAAUAUUUCCUCAUAGCCGAAGGGAAGAGGACAAUAAACAACAAGAAAAAAAAUUACCGUUUCAGAAACGUGAUAGUGCUGUACUUUCAGAGGCACUCUACAACAUAGAAAAUAACUUUAAGAGCUUGUUUUAAACUGUAUUCAAAAUUGUAAAAUUUAGGGAAAGUUAGUUUGUUAUGGUUAUUAAAUAACACAUUGUAUUGUAUAGUUUUUUUAGUAUAUUGGUAGUAUUUAUUUUGCUGCACUUUUCUUUGAAGUUGGUGAAGCUUAAAAUUUAUUAAUGACAAUGUUUGUUUUAAUCUUUACUGCCAACCAGGUUGCAUUUGUGCGAAACUUUUGACUGUAGAAGUGUUGACACAAUACUGGGAGUUAUGAGCAUACAUUAGGGUUUUGGGUGCGGGUAUAAUUUUGUGGAUUAUAAAUAUAUAAAAUCAAUUUGUUUAUUGUAAAAUAAUUACGAAACUUUGAAUUAAAAAUAGGUAGUAAGCUCCACAUGUUUUUACAGUUUUUACCUAUUUUAUGGCUAGUAAAUAUUCCCGCACCCAAACUUGAUGAUUUAUACAUUUUUAUUUGAAAUGUUUUAUAGCAAUAGCACUUGUGAGUUGUGUUCGAAAAGCUGGUAUAUAUUGUACACAUUCAAGCUACAAAUUAAAAUAAUGCUGUUAGGCAGACAAUUAAUUGGCAAAAUAAUAAGAUUAGUGCAUGCUUAAUACUUACCGAGUAGGUGUUUCAAUGUUUGUUACCACACUAGGUCUAUGUGAGUCUACGAAGUAUGACUUGUAAACUCUAAUCACUCUAAUGUAUAAAUAUUUAUUUAUUAGGUAACAAUGUAAAUAAAUUGUAUCCAAUAAUA